AUGGCGCGAUCCUCAUCGUUGAAUGGCUCCUGGGCUGAAGAUGAUGCUGCCGAGGAGGAGGAGGAGGAGGAGGAGGAGGAGGAGGAGGAGGAGGAGGAGGAGGAGGAGGAGGAGGAGGAGGAGGAGGAGGAGGAGGAGGAGGAGGAGGAGGAGGAGGAGGAGGAGGGAGGAGGAGGGGAGGGAGGAGGAGGAAGCAGGGAGGCAGUCAGAGACGCCGUCACACCAUCGCUCGCGAGCCACACACUGCACGCCGUUGCUGCACUUGCUGCCCCAAUCAGGGCAGCUCCACCUCGCACACACACCCGGAUCCUCAUCCUCUCCGUCGAUGAUGCCGUCGCACCACCGGGCGGCAUCUAA